AUGUCCACAUCAACAAUGUCACUCAACGAAACCACAUCCACUAGAGAAUAUGGCUUCAACCCCAACCAAGGCGUAAACUGGGCCGACUACCUCACCUUCCGCCCAAUCUACCCAGCCUCCUUUUUUGAAAAAGUCUUCGCCUACCACUCCCAAAAGCCCCACUCAACCUGGUCCCUCGCCCAAGACAUCGGCGCCGGCUGCGGAAUCGUCUCAUCGAGUCUUGCGCCCCGUUUCCACAAUGUGAUUGUCUCAGACCCAAACGAGGGAUACACCGCACUCGCUCGCAGAGUCCUCGUCGAGGAAUCUCAACUACCCGAAUCCAAGUUCCGGUUCCUGCGGGAAAGUGCCGAAAGGAGCUCUGUGGAAUCCGGUUCAGUCGAUCUGAUCAUGGCGUGUGAAUGUAUUCACUGGACGAGGCCGGAAAUUGCGAUUGCGGAGUUUGCACGGGAGUUAUGUGUCGGUGGGACGCUUGUCAUUACGCAUUAUAAUUAUCCGCGCAUUGUUGGGAAUGAGAGUGCUCAGAAGGCAUGGGCGGCUAUUUGUACGUUUUAUGCGGGUGAGGUUCAUGACCCGCUGCUUGAUCAUGCGUUGAGGAUCUUGAACUCUGGGACUGAGGCUCUAGGAUUCCCGGUGGAGGAUUGGGAAGGGGUGAAGCGGUUUCAGGUCAGGGAUGGGGAGGAGACGGUUUGGGAGGAGGACGAUGCAGACUGGAUGGAUGAGCAGGACUGUGACUGGUUUAAAGGCUAUGCAUCUACCUGGACGACGCCGAGUGUAUCCGAGUCGGACAUUAAUCCGCUUUGGGAUGACAUGGAGAGGGCUUUUGAGGGGAAGAAAGUGAAGACUGCCACGCCAGUUGCUAUGGUCUUUGCUACGAAGAGAGGACAUAGCUGA